UUCUCUGAAAGACGAUGCCUCACAGAAAAAGAAUGUCUGGCUUUAGCCAAUAACACAAAUGAUAUCAGAAAGAGCACCAAGAUUCUGCGGGGUGAUAACAAUGAACCCAGUCUGUGUGUUACCGAAUGCCCUCAGAACUAUACAAUUCAGCAGGAAGGACCAUUAAAAAAUCUAGAGUGCAUCAGAUGUAAGGGAUUCUGCCCUAAGAUCUGCAAUUCCACUGAAGUCAAUAGCAUUGAAGAUGCUCAGAAACUGAAAGGAUGUAGCAAGAUUAUUGGACCUUUAGUCAUACAGAUCUUGAGCGGUAGAAGUGUGGCUCAAGAAUUGGCAAAAAACCUUGGUAGUAUUAAGGAGGUUACUGGAUACAUCAUAAUCAAGCGGUCUUAUGCCCUAAGGAACCUGUAUUUCCUAAAAAGUUUGGAGAUAUUUGGAGAUUCUCCUCUAUAUGAUGGGUACAGCCUCAUUUUAGUGGAUAAUAGCAACUUACAAGACCUCUUCCCUGAGGAGCAAAUGAAAAAGAUGAAAUUUAAGAGUGGCCAAGUGUUCUUUCAUGGCAACAACAAGUUGUGUUUGUACAAAAUCAAUCACUUUGUGAAGCACCUAUACUUAAAGAAAGACCCAACUGAGCAAGAUAUCAGCAGGGCUACAAAUGGGGAUCUCACAUCCUGUUUUGAACAGCAUCUGAAGCUUAGUGUCACAAAUGUGCUCCAUGAUAGUGCCUUGCUGAACUGGACCAAGGACACUUCAAAUACAAGCCAUCAACUGACCUACAUUAUAAAUUACAAAGAAUUCAAUGAUGAGAGUGAUAUUAACAUUGACCAAGGUCAGGAUGCAUGUUCUGCUGAUGUGUGGAUGACCACUGAACAGCCUUCUGCUCCUGGUUCACAUCCAUACCAGACAUAUGCUUUGAAAGAUCUUAAAGCUUACACAACAUAUGCUGUCUACAUUCAGGCAUAUGUGCUUCCAACAGCCACUCACUCGGCAGUCACAAAUGUGGAAACCUUCAUCACAGAUCCAUUCUACCCAUCAGAGCCAUUAGAUUUAGAAGUCAGCUCUAAUGAUCCCAAAGAGUUGACUUUGAAAUGGAAGCCACCAAAGUUCCCUAAUGGCAUCGUCACACAUUACACAGUCACAUAUCAGAAACAGAAGUUCAGUACAAAGUCAUUUGAGCAGAGGGACUAUUGUCAUGACCCAAAUUCUUCCUUCAAGAAAAUCUUCCUAGAAAAAAAGGAGGAGGCGGAGGUGAAGCACAAUACCACUGCAAACUGUUGUGUCUGCCCCAAGUCCAAGCAAGAGCUGGAAGCUGAAUCUCGUAAACAAGAAAUAGAAAGUUACUUUGAGAAUUACCUGUAUGGUCAGGCUUAUUGCGAAAGGUACGACACUCUGAUGUACAAGACAUCAUCUAGUGGCAGUAAAAUGGACACAAUACAAUCAGAUAUAAGCUCACAGGGUGUCAAAGAUGGUGGUCCUAGCAACAGUCCAGUGCCAUUGCCAACAAAUGAAUCAGAAGAAGUAAAUCUGUUGCACAAUGACAGCUUGCCAUUGAAGCAAGUUCUUGUCUAUAAUGCUACCAGCGUUGUCCUUCAAGAUCUACAGCACUUUCAGGAAUAUAGCAUUGAGGUUCAAGCUUGUCACGAUGCAGAUGCUACCAAACCUGAAGGUACAAAACUAUGUAGCGAUCGCGCCUUGACAUCAGGUCGCACAAAGCCCUCGUUCAUCAUGGACAGUAUUCCAGAGUCCAGUGUUAUUGCUAAAACUGUGGUGAAUGCAACUGUUGAUGUCGUGAUCUCAUGGAAGCCACCACCAGAACCAAAUGGACUAAUACUUAGAUAUAACAUCUUCUACAAGAGAGCCAAUCAGGAAAAUCUGGUCCCUCAAAUAAUCUGUGUCAACAGCAGAGACUUCAAGAAGAAUUCUGGCUACCAUCUGACUGGUCUGGAUCAUGGAAACUGGACAUUUCAGAUUAAUGCUGUCUCACUGGCAGGAAAUGGAUCAUUAACCCCUGAGAAAUAUUUCAUUGUACCAUAUUUUCCAGCUGGAGAAAGGACAUACAGUAUGAUUAUUAUUACUGCAGUAAUAGUUACUGUGACUGUCAUCAUUGCUAUAACAAGUAUUUUGAUCUUUGCUAGGUUCAGGUACCGUAAAGGUGUUUUAACUGUUAUCUCACCCAAUACUAAUUACCUAUCAUCAUAUAUGAUGUAUACGAUGGAUGAAUGGGAAGUUGAUCGCGACAAGAUCAAACUGAUUAGGGAACUUGGCCAAGGUGCUUUUGGAAUGGUUUAUGAAGGAGUGGCCAAGGGAUUAGGUGAUAACCCAGAUGAAGAAACAAAAGUUGCUGUUAAGACUAUAAGUGAAACCGCCAACUUCACAGAGAGAAUGGAGUUUCUGAAGGAAGCAACCACCAUGAAAACCUUUAACUGCUUCCAUGUGGUCAAGUUACUGGGGGUAGUGUCAACAGGACAGCCGGCACUGGUCAUCAUGGAGCUAAUGGCCUUAGGUGAUCUCAAGAACUAUCUCAGAGAGCAUAGGCCAGAUGAGCGACCAGGUAUAAGUCCACCCAGUUUUAUGGACAUCUUGCAAAUGGCAGGAGAAAUAGCGGAUGGCAUGGCAUAUCUGGCCGACAAGAAGUUUGUACAUAGAGAUUUAGCUGCCAGAAACUGCAUGGUUGCUGAAGAUAAGACAGUGAAAAUUGGAGAUUUUGGUAUGACCCGUGACAUUUAUGAGACCGAUUACUACAGGAAAGGGAGCAAGGGGAUGUUUCCUGUACGUUGGAUGGCACCUGAAUCUCUUAUAGAUGGAGUCUUUACCAGCAUGUCAGAUGUCUGGUCAUAUGGUGUUGUCUUGUGGGAGAUGAUUACCCUUGCAGCUCAGCCAUACCAGGGUCUCUCCAAUGAGGAAGUAGUCAAGUUUAUUGCUGACGACAACACCAUGGAUGUCCCUGAUGGGUGCCCUGAGAAGAUAGCACACUUAAUGCGGCACUGCUGGACAAGAAGGCCAAAGGGCCGACCAACUUUUAAAGACAUUAUUGAAUACCUACUUCCUGAUUUGAAUUCUCGUUUCCAAAAGAUGUCUUACUUUUUCAGUAAUGGUGGAACUUGUGCACCUCAAGAUUCAUGUACUGUUAAGGAAGCUUGUGAAGCAGUGGCUAAGGUUGAUAUUAAUGGUAGCCACAUUCAGAACUGUGAAGAAGUGAUGGCAGCAAAGUUGUCCUUAGCCAACCAAGAUACAGAUGACCAGUUUAAUUGCUGUCCAAAUUCGAAGGGUGGCUCUUGUUCACUUUGUGGUAAAGAUGAUGGUGAUACAGAUCAUGAGCAGUAUGUAAACAAGGUCAGAGAUUCUAGAAGGUAUGUAAACAUUCCUGAAGGUCAGGUUCAGCUGCCUUUCGCCAGAGAUGACCAGAAUGUAGAUCAUGUGUUCUGGCAUGCUGACAAUAGUUAUCCUUGUGGAUUCAGUACAGAUGAUGAUGGUUCAAACCAGCCUUGUAGGUUAUAUGACUUUCAAUUGGAUCAAGCUUCACCAUCUUCUCAGCUGCCUCUAGCAUCAAGCUGGCCUGAUUGUGUGGUUCCUAAUUCAGAAGUUUUAGUGCAAGACGCACGACUAAACAAUCAAGACUGGGAAAUGCUUCAUAGACAAGCUUGUGAUGGGUCUUCAGGCCUUGAUUUAUCAGAGUAUAUAGGUUACCAGCCACUAAUUGUGACAAAAAAUGAGCCUCAUACUUUACUUCAACACAAUGGACAAAUUAACCUGGCAACAGUUGACCCCCUGACAUCAGAUCCAUUUGAUGACAAUUCCUUCUGGCAGUCAGCAGACCAGUUUUCCGCCAAACCUAAGUUAUCAUCAGUGGUAAUACCACCAAAAUUGCCUGCAUUAAAUCAGGCACCAGAUUCAGCUCCACUGCACAAAGAAGGAAGUGAAAGUUUUUCUAUCAGCACAAAUGGUCUUUUUGAUAUAGACAGUCAGGAUCCCUUUCAGCCUGUUUCUUUGGCAGUUACUUGCAAAGCAAACAGUGUUCAGGAAGAGACUAGUUUACCCCAGCAGAAUUCCACACCUUGUAUUGAAACUAGUGCUUCUGAUGAUAAUCAGGAUAUUGUUGUAACUGACAUUCAGUCAUUCAGUCAUACAUUCAGUAAUGGGCACCUACCAUUAUCCAAACUAAGGCAUCGGACAGCUCCUUGCUAG